UUUGGGAAAUGAAAAUACAUAAUGGUAGAAGCUGGCAAUUUGCUUCCUAUAUUUUUAUUUUAUUGAAAGUAAACAACCAUUCAGUUCGUGCAGGAAAACGGAGGGAUUUUUUUUUAGAAAACUCUCUGCUGACGAACCCCGGCGCUCCCCUAUGAGGAGACCUUUGGACCUCUCCCGGUCGUUUAGCAAAUCAGGUAUUCAGGAAAAGUGUUUCAACUUCCACUUCGGCGGAAGAAGUGGGUGCCUGGAAGCUGUACAAGUACUCGUACAAAACAAGGGAAAGUGUGAGGGGGCGGCGGCUGCCUCUUUCCCCCCCAGCCACCGAUCUUUCGCGCUCUCUCUCCUCCCCCACCUCCUGCGCAGGCUGCUCUCUUCCUACCCCGGUUACUGUGGCAACCGCCCGGACUUCCCCGGUCCCGCUUCUGCUGCGGAAUCGCUCGGCAGCAGCAGCAGCAGCAGCCGCCGCCGCCCGCUGCCGGAAUCGCUCCUGCUGCUGCCGUCCUCCUCGCCGCCUCGCAUGGAGCUGCUGGCUGCCGCGCUCAGCGCCGCCUGCGCCUUGGACCACGAAGGAUCCGCCGAGAGCGUGGCCGCAGGCCGCCCAGCUGGCAGCGAAUCCCCUUCCAUGGCGGGGCCAACUUCUUUUCCGGAAGAGACCCCUGAGCAGACUGACUGCCCGGCUGCUUUCCCCGAAGCUCUGCAGAUGAUUCACCCCAUGACCGCAGACUCUUGGAAGAAUUUCAUUGAGGAAAUAGGUUUGUUGUAUCAAGAAUAUCGAGAUAAAUCCACACGUCAUGAGAUUGAAACCAGACGGCUGCAGGAUUCCCAGACAGAUACUGAAGAAGGCUCAACUACUGAAGAGUCACCAACAGAAACAGAAACUGCAAAUGUAUUAGAAAACAAAACUGUCCCCCAGAUUAACUUGCUCAGGAAUUCCACCUCAAGGUUCAAUUUAUGGCAAGAUCUUCCAGAAAUCAGAAGCAGUGGUGUUCUGAAUAUUCUCCAGCCAGAUGAAAUCAAGCUUCAAGAGGCUAUGUUUGAACUGGUCACUUCAGAAGCCUCGUACUACAAAAGUUUGAAUUUAUUGAUAUGUCAUUUCAUGGAAAAUGAUCGACUGAAAAAGAUUUUGCAUCCUUCAGAGGCUCACAUACUCUUCUCCAAUGUUCUGGAUGUCAUAGCAGUCAGUGAAAGAUUUCUCUUAGAUCUUGAGAAGCGAGUAGAAGAGAACAUUGUAAUCUCUGAUGUCUGCGACAUUGUCCAUCAGCAUACUGUUAGCUACUUCUCAGUAUAUGUCACUUAUGUGUCCAACCAGACCUACCAGGAAAGAACCUACAAGCAACUUCUCCAAGACAAGCCAGGUUUCCGAGAGGUGAUUUUACAAUUGGAACUGGAUCCAAAAUGCAAAGGCUUACCUUUCUCAUCUUUCUUGAUUUUGCCUUUUCAAAGAAUCACUAGGCUGAAGCUGCUGGUACAGAAUAUUCUGAAGAAAGUGGAAGAAAAAUCUGAACGUGAAAUCACUGCUCUUGAGGCUCACAAGGAACUGGAAAUAAUAGUGAAGGCAUGUAAUGAAGGUGUUAGAAAGAUGAGCCGCACAGAACAGAUGAUCAGCAUCCAGAAGAAAUUGGAAUUCAAGAUCAAGUCUGUACCCAUCAUCUCUCAUUCCCGGUGGCUGCUAAAGCAGGGAGAACUCCAGCAGAUGAAUGGCCCUAAAACAUCCCGUACACUACGUACAAAGAAACUCUUUAGAGAAAUCUACUUGUUCCUUUUCAACGACUUACUAGUACUGUGCAGACAAACUAAUGGUGACAAGUACCAAGUAUUUGAUUCUGCUCCUCGAGGCCUUCUUCGAGUGGAAGAGUUGGAGGACCAAGGACAGAGCUUGGCCAAUGUAUUUAUUCUGAGGCUUCUGGAAAAUGCAGAUGACCGUGAAGUCAGCUAUAUGCUGAAGGCGUUAUCCCAAAGUGAAAUGAAACGCUGGAUGAUUUUGCUGGCUCCAAAUCGACGAACAAAGUUUGUUUCCUUCACAUCCAGGCUUAUGGAUUGCCCUCAAGUACAAUGUGUCCAUCCUUACGUGGCCCAGCAACCAGAUGAGCUUUCAUUGGAAUUGGCUGAUGUUCUCAACAUUCUGGAAAAGACAGAUGAUGGCUGGAUAUUUGGGGAACGUUUGCAUGAUCAAGAAAGAGGUUGGUUCCCCAGUUCUAUGGGUGAAGAGAUUAUGAAUCCCAAGAUUCGCUCUCAAAAUUUAAAGGAAUGUUUCCGAGUGCACAAAACUGAUGACAGUCAGAGGAGGAAGAUGGGCAGCAGGAAUAGACAAUGAUCAUUGCUUAGUCACCUGUUUUUCAGAAGCUGUUUAUGGCAGAGGCUGAGACAAUGAAAUGGAGUGCUUGAGAGAAUGCACACGAAUCAUCUUUUGGCAAGCAAAUCCUUUCACCUAUGAACUAUUGGGCUUCCUUGCAUUCUCAUUACAAAUUGGAUAGUCUUUCUGAAGACAAACUGAAAAGAAGAGAGCCUGUCAUUCACCUGUACAGAUGUAGAAGCUGUAAAUGUCUUUCCUAAUGUACUGCAUACUCUGAAGAUUGUAAAUUUAUUAACUGCAUGAUGAAGAAAUUAAUCACUUGAGCAUCUGGGGAAAUUAUGUCAAUGUCCGUAAAUCCAACAACUUGGUUCUUUGGCAUCUUAUCCAAUGGUAUAAAAAAGUGCAGCAUUUGAUUUUAUGGAAAGAUAAUGAAGUUGUGGACAAUACUACACUGAAAGUUUAUACUAUAAAUUGUCAACUUCCAUAUUUCUAUACUCAGGAAGUUUCUCCUAGGAACUGAGUUUGAACUGCUCAUGUGAUAAACUAGUUUCUUCUUGUGUUUUGGAAGAAAGGUGGAGGUAACAAAAAGAUUAGGAAGUGCAAUGUUAUAUAGUUAAAAUGCACCACAAUAUUUAUUUACCUGGGUGUCUUGGUUAUGAACUUCUAUGUUCUAGAAGGUAAUAUUGAAGCAUGCAAAGUAUAUUUUCUAAAAUAAGAAUCAGUUGGUUGCAGUGGCCCAAUUGGGAACUCAGAUUAUCAUUCUUCUAUUUUAUUGACCUGUGUAGCCUACACUUCUUAAAAUGAUACCAUAUUAUGCAGGAUGAUACUGAAUCAAUUAUUCUGUUUUAUAAGAACCAUUACUCCCUGACUAAUUAAUCACUAACUGCCCUUACUUAUCCAAACGUAAUUAUUUCAUACACUUACCACUGGUAACCAGACAGAGUAUAGCUGUGUUUGGAAUUAGUGCCAGAAUGGGGAGUAUACUAAGAUAGGAGUCCCCAGCUCUGGGCUGCAGCUCAGUAUGGGCUGCAGCCUAUUUGGAAUUGGGCCAUGUGAGUGGCUUGGCAGAACACAAGUGGCGAGCUGGCAGGCAGUCACGCAUGUGUGCCGGCCCACUGCACGUGCAAGUCGAGCUGCACCCAUGCAUGUUGGCCCACCACUUGCACAAGGGCUGUGUGUGCAUGCACACUGGCCUGCCACUCACACAGCCAAGGUUCUCCUCUUCCUCCCCUCAAGCCAAGUCACAACAUUUGGGGACCAUUGUAUUAAGGGGUUUGUGCUAAGCAAGUGCUGCACUGAACUGUAUAGGAGAAUGCAAUAUUUGAGACAAUAUCCCUUGAAGAGAUUUCUUUGCUUGAGUAUCUUGCAUACACUGAAGCAUUUCCAUAUGUUGAAAAAUAUAAAAGAAAAGCAGAUAACAUUUUUCACAGCCAAAUAAGCUACUCAUAACAUUCCAAAUAGGUGCUACAUCUGGGAAGCAUCGGUGUAUCAUUCAGAGUCAGAACAACGAGGUUCUGUCUUUUGCUUCUUUGUUCUGCAGUUGUGCACCAAUAAGAGCCAAUG